AUGAACAAUAACCAGAGCAGUGUAACGUUAACUAGUCACAGCAGUCUGAUUCAGAUCGCUGUCACAUGUGGAAUCGCAGGGGGCAUUGAAAUCUGCAUCACGUUUCCUACAGAGUAUGUGAAGACUCAACUACAGUUAGACGAGAAAGCCAAUCCACCCCGUUACAGAGGCAUCACGGACUGUGUGUCACAGACGGUCCGUCAUCAUGGAGUGAAGGGUUUAUAUCGAGGCCUCAGCUCGCUGCUGUACGGAUCCAUCCCUAAAUCUGCUGUCAGGUUCGGUGUGUUUGAGAUACUCAGUAACCAGAUGAGGGACGAGGCUGGGAAGCUGGACAGCACUCGAGGGUUAGUCUGCGGUUUGGGUGCCGGCGUGAUGGAGGCCGUCCUGGUUGUCUGUCCCAUGGAGACCAUAAAGGUGAAAUUCAUCCAUGAUCAAACCUCGGCUAAUCCCAAAUACAGAGGCUUUUUCCACGGAGUUCGAGAGAUCGUCAGAACUCAAGGAAUCAGAGGGACGUAUCAAGGCCUCACAGCGACCGUCCUCAAACAGGGAUCCAAUCAGGCGAUCCGGUUCUUCAUCAUGACCUCUCUCAGGAACUGGUACAAGGGCGACAAUCCCAACAAAUCCAUCCACCCCAUCAUCACAGGAGCGUUUGGUGCGAUUGCAGGAGCGGCGAGUGUGUUUGGAAACACGCCGCUGGACGUCAUCAAGACCAGAAUGCAGGGUUUGGAAGCUCAUAAGUAUAAAAGCACAAUGGAUUGUGCCAUGAAGAUCAUGCGGCAUGAAGGAUCAGCAGCGUAA